CUAACUUCCAGCCACAUUGUCUCGUCAUGGUCUGUCGUUAAUAGUCUACUUAUAACUUCACAAAGUUAACAAAACGUAUCAUAUUUUUAUUCGUAUUUGUUUUUUAAAACCCAAGAUAGCCAAGAUGUCGAGUGUGGCCUAUUACAUCUCAAAUUUGUUAGAAAAAAUGACAUCCACUGACAAAGAUUUUAGGUUCAUGGCAACCAAUGACCUGAUGAUGGAGCUGCAGAAGGACUCCAUAAAGCUGGAUGAGGACAGCGAGAGGAAGGUGGUGGCCAUGCUGCUCAAGCUGCUGGAGGACAAGAACGGGGAGGUCCAGAACCUGGCAGUCAAAUGUCUGGGCCCCCUGGUCACUAAGGUGAAGGAGUACCAGGUAGAGACCAUGGUGGACACCCUGUGCAGCAAUAUGGUGUCAGACAAAGAACAGCUCCGAGACAUCUCCAGCAUGGGACUCAAAACUGUCAUCGCCGAGCUGCCCCCAACAACCUCUGGUAUGGCCCUGACCUGCAACGUGUGUAAAAGGAUCACCUCCCAGCUGAUCGGGGCUCUGGGCAAACAGGACGACGUGUCCAUCCAGCUCGAGGCUCUCGACAUCCUGUCAGACAUGCUCAGCAGGUUGAGUGGCACCCUGAGCAGUUUCCACAGCUCCAUCCUGACCAGCCUGCUGCCACAGCUCACCAGCUCUCGACUGGCAGUGCGUAAGCGCUCCAUCAUGGCCCUGGGCCACCUGGUGCCCAGCUGCAGCCCGGCCCUCUUCACACAGCUCACCGAGCACCUGCUGAGCGAGCUGGGCCGCGGAGCCUCCAACACCUCCAACACCCGCACCUACAUCCAGUGUCUGGCCACAGUCAGUCGGCAGGGCGGACACAGAGUCGGAGAGCACCUUGAGAAGAUCGUGCCAAUGGUGGUGAAGUUCUGCAAUGUUGAAGAUGAUGAGCUCAGGGAGUAUUGCUUUCAGGCCUUUGAAGCCUUUGUCCGCAGAUGUCCCAAGGAAAUGUCCCCUCACAUUGCCACGGUGAUUAAGUUGUGUCUGAAAUACAUCACCUAUGACCCUAACUACAACUAUGACGGAGACGAUGACCUAGAAGACUCCAUGGAAACAGAGGAUGAUGACGAUCAGGCAUCUGAUGACGAGUACAGUGACGAUGACGACAUGAGUUGGAAGGUGCGGAGGUCUUCAGUGAAGUGCUUAGAGACGGUAAUAAGUAGUCGGCGUGACCUACUGGUGGACUUCUACAAUUCUGUCUGCCCGACCCUGGUGUCCUGCUUCAAGGAGCGCGAGGAGAACGUGCGCACGGACAUCUUCCUGGCCUUUGUCGCCCUCCUCAGACAGACACACCCGGCAGUGGGGUCAGCGGCCUCCCUUGACGUCAAAGAGGACCCUGCGGUCACACUUCUGAAGAAACAGGUGCCCUCUGUGGUGAAGGCCCUCCACAGGCAGCUGAAGGAGAAGAGCAUGAAGUCCAGACAGGGCUGCUUUCACCUGCUCACCGAGAUGGCCAGCGUGCUGCCUGGUGCCCUGGGGGAACACAUUCCUGCCCUCAUACCCGGUAUUGUAUUUUCACUCACUGACAAGUGCACCUCCUCCAACAUGAAGAUCGAUGCCCUCUCCUUCCUACAUGUUCUCCUGUCCAGCCAUUCCCCCGAAGUCUUCCAACCACACAUCAGCGUCAUCCUGCCCCCUGUUGUUCAAUGUGUGGAUGACUCCUUCUAUAAAAUCAUCUCCGAGGCCCUUUUUGUCACCCAGCAGAUGAUUAAGAUCAUUCGACCGCUGGACAAGCCAUCCUCGUUUGACGCCAAGCCCUACGUGAAAGACAUCUUCUCAGCCACCCUCAAGAGGCUGAAAGCAGCCGAUAUAGACCAGGAAGUGAAGGAGAGGGCCAUUUCCUGUAUGGGCUACAUAGUAUGUCACCUUGGAGAUCAGUUGGGUGGAGACCUGCAGCCCACCCUGCAGAUCUUCCUCGAGAGGCUGAAAAACGAGAUCACGCGCCUCAUGGCAGUAAAAACCAUCACACUGGUCGCUGCAUCCCCCCUCAAGAUCGACCUGCGCCCUAUCCUCGCCGAGGCCAUCCCCAUCCUGGCCACAUUCCUGCGGAAGAAGCAGCGUGCCCUGAAGCUGGGCACACUUGCGGCCCUCAAUGUCAUUGUGGCCAACUAUAGUGACGGCCUGAAGCCACCCAUGGUCGACGCCAUUCUGCUGGAGCUACCGGCGCUCAUCCAGGAGAGUGACAUGCACGUGUCCCAGGUGGCCAUCACGCUUCUGGCUGGCAUGGCCAAAGCCUGCCCGUCCUCCCUCUCCAAGAUUAGUGGCACAAUCCUGCCCGAGGUGCUCAGCCUGGUCCACUCUCCGUUGCUCCAGGGAGGCGCACUGGGAUCCAUCCUGGACUUUUUCCAGGCCCUGGUGCUGACAAAGUCCAGCAACAUGAGCUACAACGACCUGCUGAAAGCUCUGACAGGUCCCUUCUAUGGAGCCAAACCGUCAGACGUCCCCAUGCACCGCCAGUCAUAUUACUCCGUCGCCAAGUGCGUGGCUGCGCUGUCGUCGGCGUGCGCCAAAGAAGCCUCCGGAAUCGUCAACAACCUCGUCCAAGAAGUCAAAAGCUCCAAGUCGUCUGAGUCUGUCCGCAUCCUGUCCUUUCUGUGUCUGGGGGAGGUGGGCCGCUCCAUGAACCUGAGCGGACAGAAGGAGCUCAAGAACGUCAUCCUGGAGGCCUUCUCGUCCUCUGGCGAGGAGAUCAAGUCGGCGGCCUCCUGCGCCCUGGGCAACAUCUGCGUGGGGAACCUGGAGGAGUACCUGCCCUUCAUGCUGACGGAGAUCAGCAGCCAGCCCAAGAGACAGUACCUGCUGCUUCACUCCCUGAAGGAGGUCAUCAGCGCCUCUUCGGCCGAGCGCCUCAAGACUCACCUGGAGAACAUCUGGGCUCUGCUCUUCAAGAACUGCGAGUGCCCGGAGGAGGGCACGCGCAACGUGGUGGCAGAGUGUCUGGGGAAGCUGACCCUCGUCAACCCCUCCGAGCUGCUGCCUCGACUCAAGAAGCAGCUAGCAUCAGGAUCCCCUCUUGCCCGCAGUACUGUUGUCACGGCUGUUAAAUUCACCAUCAUCGAUCAGCCAGCGCCUAUUGACUCCCUGCUUAAAGGAUGCAUAGGUGACUUCUUGAAGACUCUGCAGGACCCUGACCUGAAUGUAAGGCGUGUUGCCCUGGUGAUGCUGAACUCUGCAGCGCAUAAUAAGCCGGCCCUGAUCCGAGACCUCCUGAGUAAAGUGCUCCCUCACCUGUACAACGAAACACAGAUCAGAAAGGACCUCAUACGAGAGGUAGAGAUGGGACCAUUUAAGCACACCGUUGACGAUGGUCUGGAUGUGCGCAAGGCUGCGUUUGAGUGCAUGUACACACUACUGGACAGCUGUCUCGACUGCCUGGACAUCUUUGAAUUUCUCGACCGAGUGGAAGAGGGACUUAAGGAUCAUUAUGACAUCAGGAUGCUGACGUUCAUCAUGCUGGCCAGGCUGUCGUGUCUGUGCCCAAGUGCGGUGGUACAGAGGCUAGACCGACUGGUGGAGCCACUCCGGGCAACCUGCACAACCAAGGUGAAGGCCGGUUCUGUGAAGCAGGAGUUUGAGAAGCAAGAGGAGCUCCGCCGCUCUGCCAUGCGUGCUGUGGCUGCCCUCCUCUCCAUCAGCGAGGUGGAGAAGAGUCCAGCUAUGGCAGACUUCGCCAACCAGAUCAGGUCCAAUGCAGAGAUGGCCACAAUCUUUGAGAGCGUGCAAGGGGAUUCCAUCUCUGGUGGUGUGGAAGCCAUGGACACAAGUUAAUGCUACAAUACCAGCUCAAGGGGAAAAUGGCCCUCAUUGACGCAUCAAAAGCUCCAGCAGAUGUGAUAGGGGUUGAAUAGGCCCCAUUCACACUUAGUUGAUGCUUUCACCCAGAGCAACUUUAAAAGGUACAGGGUAGUGUGAUUAGAUGCCCUGCUCCUAGGACUUCAGCCAAUGAUUAAGGUGCCAACAACUUUCACCCCCCUUCCAACUGAUGUGUUCCUCCAGACUCUCCAUCACCACGCUAUAUCCAUGAAGACUCAUUUCAUUUUAAAAUUAUUUGUCCAUGUUCAUAACAUUUUCCCACCAGUUAUUGGAUAUUGUAUUAUUGAAGUUACAUCGCCAGGAUCCUCACUCUCAUGGCCCGUUUGCAACCAUUUAAUAAAAUAAUACCAACAUUAA